AUGUCCACUCUGAAAGAGAUCCUCACCCGGCGGCCGGUGGCUGCGACCAUCCGCCUAACCGUUCCGGCAGGAGGGGCGAAGCCGGCGCCUCCGGUGGGUCCGGCUUUGGGUCAGUACCGGCUGAAUCUGAUGGCCUUCUGCAAGGACUUCAAUGCGAGGACCCAGAAAUACAAGCCCGAUACGCCGAUGGCGGUUACCAUAACGGCAUUCACGGACAACACUUUCGAGUUCAUCGUCAAGUCUCCUUCCGUCACUUGGUACCUGAAGAAAGCGGCGGGCGUCGAAAAUGGAAGCAGCCGGGCGGGUCACGUGACAGCGUCCACUAUCACCCUCAAGCACGUGUACGAGAUUGCCAAGAUCAAGCAGAGUGAUCCUUUCUGUCAGUACAUGUCCUUGGAGUCCAUUUGUAAGUCCAUUAUUGGGACUGCUAAUUCCAUGGGGAUUAAGGUCCAGAAAGAGCUCGAUUAG